AUCCAUAAUUAUUGAACUUUUAUGUCCAGAAACUGUGAGCUUUAUAUCCAGAAUUCUAUCACUAUACAUCCAGAAUUAUAAUACUAUACAUCCACAAAUUUCUAAACUGAUACUCUGUUCUGGCUUUUAACACUAUGCAGUCAGUGAAGAUGUUGUUGUUGAUUCACCAAGUUCAGAUCCAAUAGAGUUAGACAUUGAUGGUUCUUCUUCUAAUCCAGUUGAUGAAGAUUUGGUUGGUGUUGUUGUAAGUAACGGGGUUGAAGCGUAUGAGUUGUAUAACAAUUAUGCAUAUAGAGUUGGUUUUAGUGUGAGGAAGGGUAAUCAACGGUGCAAGGUAUAUAGCAAAACAGUCCAAAUGAAGAUGUUUAUGUGUUCUAAAGCUGGUUUUAAGGUUAAGGCAAAUGCUGGUGUUAGGGCAUAUUCAAAAAUUGACACAAGGUCAGGGUGUGGUGCAUGUGUUCAGUUUGACGUCGGUGAGGAUGGGUUGUGGACGGUUACAAAACAUGUAAAAGUGCACAAUCACGAGUUAUGUGCUGUAGACAAGAGUCAUCUUCUGCGUUCACAUAGAAAUGUGGGUGAUAAUCAACUGUUAUAUUUAAAAGAUUUGAAGAAGAGUGGUGUUGCAAUGGCAGAUGGUAUUAGGUUCUUGAAACAUCAAGCAGGGGGGUCUCCAUUAGUUGGCUUCACUAAUCGAGAUGCUUAUAAUUCAAUUGCUUCUGAUACAUCAAAGCGUUUGGAUGGAACCGAUUCGAACUCAUUAAUUGAAAUAUUUAGGAAGAGGCAGUCGACUGAGUCUGAUUUUUUCUUUGAUUUUGAAGUUGAUUGUGAUUCAAGACUAUGCAGUUUUUUUUGGAGGGAUGGUCGGAUGAGACAAGACUAUGAGUUGUUUGGGGAUUUAUUAGUGCACGAUACAACUUAUCGCACUAAUAAAUAUGAUAUGAUUUGUGGCCCUUUUGUAGGGAUGAACCACCAUUGCAUGAAUGUAAUGUUUGGAUGUGGUUUUCUGAUGAAUGAGAGGAUAGAAUCAUUUGUGUGGCUGUUUAGAGCAUUUUUAAGGUCUAUGAAUGGGAAAUGUCCACAGACUAUCAUGACAGAUCAAUGUGCAUCCAUGGCUGCUGCUAUUUGUCAGGUGUUUCCAACAUCACGUCACCGUCUUUGCAUAUGGCAUAUUGGCGAGAAUUCGAAGAAGCAUAUCAAGGCGUUAAGGAAUAACAAGGAUUUCUUAGAUAUGUUUAACUGUGUGUUGAAAUACACAGAGACUGAAGCUGAGUUUGAAUUUUAUUGGACAAGGUUGGUGACUGACUACAAGUGCCACAAGAAUAGUUGGAUACAAAAGCUAUAUGACUGUAGGGAGAAGUGGUGUCCAGCAUUCAAUAAGGACUAUUUUUCAGGGGGCAUUUUAUCAUCGCAAAGGAGUGAAACUACUAACCAUUCGAUUUCAAGAAGGCUGUCCAAGACUGUAGGUCUAUGUGAUUUUUAUUCAUCGUUUGUUAGUGUAACUUCUGAAUGGAGGAGCAAAGAGAAUGGUGAAGACUUUCGUUGUACUCAAGGGGUACCCAACAUGAUGAUGGAGCACGUAAAACUUCUGUUACACGCUAGAGAGGUAUAUACGAUUGAGAUAUAUUUUUUGUUUGAGGAACAAUUCAUGAAAGGCAAUGCCUGUCAUCAAGAAAUGGUGUUGAAUGAAGGUUGUCAGUUCAAGUAUCACGUAUGGCGUCCAGAUAUAGAUAUUAUAAGUGGUGUCAUUCAAAAUCCUUCAAACCGGAGAUCAAAAGGUGAGCGUAACGUAAGGAGGAGUAGUGUUAUUGAAAAGAAGUACAGUGCUGCAAGGGGGAGGAGGAGUGCUGCAAAUAAAGUUGCUUCGAGUACAAAGGGUGCUGUUCAGUCGUUGGUUUUGGAAAGUCUAUCUGAGAUUGCCGGGGAUGGGUACCUUGUACAUCCAAGUUCUGGGAGUUCGGAGUUUUGUCAGUAUAGUAAUGAUGUAGAUGAUAACGCAGUUGUAGAUUGA